AUGGGGGUUACUGGGAGCGGCAAAUCGACAUUCAUCAAUAAAGCCUCAGGCUACGAUGGUAUGCUUCGCGUCGGUAAUGGUCUAGAGUCUUGCACCUCCGCUAUCCAGUUAUCACCGGGUUUUGAGCUUGGCGGUCGACAGGUGACACUCGUCGACACUCCAGGGUUUGACGACACGACGAAAGGAGAUGCCAGCGCUUUGAAUACGAUCGCUAUGUUUCUCGGUGAACUAUAUCGCCAAAAACAAAAACUCGCGGGGCUUGUGUAUCUCCAUCGAAUCUCUGACGUCCGUAUGGGUGCAUCCUCAACACGGAGUUUCAGAAUAUUCGAGAAAUUGUGUGGCGAAGCUGCGUUUGGGAAUGUAAUGAUAGUGACCACUAAUUGGGGACAGGUCCCACUGGAGGUUGGUGAGGCUCGAGAAGCAGAAUUGCGACGGAAUGAAGCCUUCUUCAAACCCAUGCUCGAUAAUGGCGCACAGUUGGUUCGGUACGACCUCACGCCAGAGACAGCUCGAGCUAUACUUCUUCCCUUGGUAUGGAGAGCCGAACCUCGGCCUUUGCGCAUUCAAAUUGAGCUUGCUGUCGAGCGGAAAGGUAUUGAAGAGACAGCCGCUGGUGCAGAGAUUGGUCGCGAACUCCUUGUGUUAAUGGUUAAGCAUGAGGGCACGAUUCGGGGCCUUCGGAGAGAGAAGGAGGAAGCGUUAAGGACUCAAGAUGAACAAGCACGUAUAGAGGUGGAGGCGGAGAUAGAGAAACUGAGAACUGAAGUCUUGCGAGCCAGAACUCAUGCCCUGACGAUGUCGAGAGACUUUGCCCUAAAAAACGAGGAUCUCAAGCGGAGGGUAAACAAGGCCACCAUGACCGAAUGCGAUCCAGAGGUAGCAGUGAACUUGCAGACCUCACGAAAGCUACCCAAAGAUGAAGAAAGGAAGUCAGCCCAACGUACUAGGAGAGGUUUGGCAGCGGGCAGCAUACUUUCCGUGAUUGUUGCGGCUCUGAAGCUCGGAAGUACGGUGAUACUUAGUGUCUUGGUCAACGAGGAUGUCAACACCGAUGUCGAGAAUCCUCAUUUCUUGCAAGAUAUUUUUUAA